CGCCACUCCCCCGGAGAUCGCAUUCUCGUCGUCUUGGUAGGAAACGAAAGCUUCCGCCUCCGCCUACGGUCUGGACUGUCCAACUGCGCCGCCGCCUACCGCCUCUUUCGUCAUCCCAAUUGAAGUUAAUUAUAAAGGGAGGGCGAUUAAUUAGAGAUACAACACCCAUAAGAAUUGUGAUAUUUAGCUCAGUCAUGAACAUCCAUCCAAAAUCCUCGAGUUCCUUUCGCUUGUAACUCUGCUGGGGUUGCUGCCGCCUUGCAGAGAGAGAAAGAGCGGCGCACAAGGUAGGGAAACCCUCGGGUUGUCGGGUUAAAACCGACUACUGUCAGAACUGACCCGACCCGACACGAUCCGGAGUUGGUUCCUUACACCCCUUUAUUUGAUUUCUUUGGCUAUCGCGCUUUAUGAAACCUUAUUGUCUGCAUUUAAAAUCUGCUCGUUUUUGUGCAGUGCAAUAAAAUGGGAGACUUUAUCGAUGAUCAGCUAGAUUGUGGAAAAGGGUCGUGGAGUUUGGAUAGUGGUGGUAGCAAUCAAGUCAUCUUGCAGGGAAGUAAGAAGAAUAAUAUAAAGCGGAAAAACACGAAUAAGGGAUGUAAAAAGAUUCAGAUAAAUAAAAAACCAAAGUUGAGCAAGUCACAGAAAAGAAAGAUUAUGAAGUUGGAGGAGGACAAAGAAAAAACACUUUUACUGUCAAAAAGCCUGGAAACUUUGGAGAAAUAUAAGAUUCCAGAUGACGCAUUUCUUCUUUUACGAUCUUCUGUUAGUAUUGGCCAGGAUGAAACAAGAUUGGAAAAACGUAGCAGAGACAUACAAUUUUCUAAAGUAGGAAUAGAGGUUUCCAGGAAUGACCAGCAGUUGAACAAAGCCUGCACUUACAUUGCUCGACAUGAAAAUCAUCUUGAAUCUCCUGAUAUUUCUUCACGGCAUCAACUUUAUAUCAAGAUUGAUGAAGAUCAUCCUUUGACAGAAGAAGGAGAAGUUUCCUUACAAGAUAAUGGUACUAUAGUCCCUAAGCAAGGCGAAGUUUUUUCUUCAUUGCCAGAUGAAGUUGAAAAUGUUAGUACAGUUAUGCUAGAAGAUGAAAGAGGUUUAUCAUGUAUUACGUGCAUAGAUGGUGGCCUAAAAAAACCUGAGAUGAUGGAUAAGGAGGAUGAAAUCCCAAAGGUAGAAACAUGUACAACAACAUCUAACCCGCUUCCAGAAAGGCGUUUUUCUAGGCCAAUUGUGGUGCCCGUACUGAGGCCACAUGAAAUUGAAGAUAAGAGGAAAGAUCUUCCAAUAGUCAUGAUGGAGCAAGAGAUAAUGGAAGCGAUCAAUGAGAAUCCCAUAGUUAUAAUAUGUGGAGAGACUGGUUGUGGCAAAACAACUCAAGUUCCUCAGUUUCUAUAUGAGGCUGGCUUUGCUUCAUUACAAUCUAGUCUUCAGAGAGGUACCAUUGGGGUGACUCAACCUCGACGUGUUGCUGUUCUUGCCACUGCUAAGCGUGUUGCAUAUGAGCUUGGUGUUCAUCUAGGGAAAGAGGUUGGAUUCCAAGUGAGGUAUGACAAGAAAAUUGGAGAUAGUUGCUCAAUAAAGUUCAUGACUGAUGGAAUUUUACUUCGUGAAGUUCAGAAUGAUUUUUUACUGAAGCGUUACUCUGUUCUAAUUCUUGAUGAGGCUCACGAGAGAAGCAUGAAUACUGACAUAUUGAUUGGAAUGCUGUCACGUGUUGUUAAGCUUCGCCAGGAUUUGCACAUGAAGCAACAACAGAUGAUACUUUCAGGAAAAAGAAUUAGUCCUGAGGACAUGAUUUUUCCAUUAAAGUUGGUUCUUAUGAGUGCUACCUUGCGAGUGGAAGAUUUCAUUUCUGGGGGAAGAUUGUUUCAUGUUGCACCUCCCAUUAUAGAAGUUCCCACUAGACAAUAUCCGGUAACUGUGCAUUUUUCUAGGAGAACAGAGACGGUAGAUUAUAUUGGUCAGGCAUAUAAAAAGGUUCUGGCAAUUCACAAAAAGCUGCCACCGGGAGGUAUACUCGUCUUUGUUACUGGACAGAGAGAGGUUGAGAAUUUGUGCAAGAAGCUACGUGAAGCCUCAAAGAAGCUGAUAAAGAAAACAUAUGAAAAAGAUGUUGGAAAUAACAAUGGUGCUGUUGAAAUGAAUUCCACUCAGAAUUUGGAUAUGAAGGAGAUCAAUGAAGCAUUUGAAGAUCAUGAAUUUUCAAUAGGUGAACAGGCAGAUCGGUUUAGCUCUUAUGAUAAGGAUGAGUUUGAUAUAAAUGAUGAUGUGUUUGAUGUUUCAUACGAUUCAGAAACAGACAGUGAAUUGGAAUUCAAUGAAAAUGAUGCAAUGUUUGAUGAAGAUGAUGGUAACCUAACUGAUGUUUUAAGAGAAGAUGUAAGUCUCACCUCUCUCAAGGCUGCAUUUGAUGCUUUAGAUGGAAAAACUGUUUCAAACUAUGAUGGAAUACAGAUUGAUCACACUACAGAAGAGGAAUCAUCAUCUGAACGAUGUGUUGCGAGGACCAAAGAAAACUGUGAACAUGGUUUCUUUGUUGGUGCGUUGCAUGUUCUUCCUCUCUAUGCCAUGCUACCUGCAGUAUCUCAAUUGCGUGUGUUUGAAGAAGUCAAGGAAGGAGAGCGACUUGUCGUUAUUGCUACUAAUGUAGCUGAAACUUCGUUGACCAUCCCAGGCAUAAAAUAUGUUGUGGAUACUGGUAGAGAGAAGGUGAAAACAUAUAACUCCUCAAAUGGAAUUGAAAAUUAUGAAGUGCAGUGGAUUAGCAAGGCAUCAGCUGCUCAACGUGCUGGAAGAGCCGGAAGGACUGGGCCUGGGCAUUGUUAUCGUCUCUAUUCUUCUGCCGUUUUUAGUAAUAUAUUUCCUGAAUUUUCUCUUGCUGAAAUAGCUAGAAUACCAGUUGAUGGUGUUGUUCUUCUCAUGAAAUCAAUGGGUAUUGAUAAGGUUGUUAAUUUUCCAUUUCCCACUCCUCCUGAGACCUCUGCAGUACUUGAGGCUGAGAGUUGUUUGAAAGCUCUUGAAGCUCUUGAUAGUGGUGGCAGAUUGACACCCUUGGGGAAGACAAUGGCUCGUUAUCCUUUAAGUCCACGCCACUCUAGGAUGCUACUUACGGUUAUUAAGAUUAUGAGGAAUUCGAAAAAUACUGCUCGUGCAAAUCUUGUUCUUGCAUAUUCUGUUGCAGCAGCUGCAGCUUUGAGCAUGUCUAAUCCUUUUGUCAUGAUGUUUGAAGGAAGUCAAAUGAAGGAUGAUUUACAACAAAAUGAUGGGGAAAAUGUGGAAAAAUCAUUGGAAAAGAAGCUAAAAGAAGCUGGUAAACUCUCCCGUGAAAAAUUUUCAAAUCCUAGCAGUGAUGCUUUGACAGUAGCUUACGCAUUGCAGUGUUUUGAACUUUCUGAACGUCCUGUGGAAUUCUGUAAUUGCUACACAUUACAUCUAAAAACUAUGCAAGAAAUGUCCAAGUUGAGGAAACAACUAUUGCAACUUGUUUUCAAUCAUAGUGGUGUUUCUAUUGCUGAGUUGGACUUUUCAUGGACUAAUGGGACUUUGGAGGAUGUAAACAAUGUGUGGGAUGUCCCAUACAGUAAGCAUCCUCUUUCAUUGAACGAGGAAGAGAUAAUUUGCCAAGCAAUCUGUGCGGGUUGGCCAGACAGGGUUGCCAAACGUAUUAGAGACAUUUCUAAGACAGCUGAAGGUGAUAGAAAAGAACGUGCUGGAAAGUAUCAAGCUUGCAUGGUAAAAGAAAAUGUGUUCCUUCACCGAUGGUCAUCGGUUUCUCGUUCAGCCCCAGAAUUCUUGGUGUACAAUGAACUGUUACUUACGAAGCGACCGUACAUGCAUGGAGUGACUUGUGUAAAACCAGAUUGGCUUGUUAAAUAUGCCAGUUCCUUGUGUACUUUCUCAGCACCUCUAACAGAUCCUAGACCUUAUUACGAACCUCAAAAUGAUAUGGUAUUUUCAUGGGUUGCUCCUACAUUCGGCCCUCAUCUAUGGAAGCUUCCUUUACACAGUAUGCCAAUAAAAGAUAUUGUGCAUGGAGUUGCAGUGUUUGCAUGUGCUUUGCUUGAAGGGAAUGUGGUGCAAUGCUUAAAGUCGGUGCGCAAGUUCAUGGCAGCCCCUCCCAGUAGUGUCUUAAGGCCAGAGGCAUUAGGUCAAAAAAGAGUUGGUAAUCUUCUCUCUAGGUUGAAAUCUAAGAAGAUAAACACUUGUGCUACACUGAGAGAGGUUUGGAAGGAAAAUCCUUAUGAACUACAUUCAGAAAUCAUGGAUUGGUUUCAAGAGAGUUUUCAAAGUAGUCAGUUUAAAGAGGUUUGGUCACACAUGGUUUCUGAAGUACUUGAGCCCCAAAAACAUUUCUCCAAGGGACUGAAAAGGGUCAGCAAGAAAAAAUUGAAACCUGAGUAAUCUUUUGAUAAAGGGGACAAAUGUCAAAGUGUAAAUUAGAUUAUUCAAUUUAUACAAAAUUUUGAUUCAAGCUUUUCCUUUUAGUUGAGAUACGUAUUAUUUAUGGCUUUCUAGGAAACGUGCUUCUGACGGAAUCCAGUUCAAUGGUGGCAUAUGAAUCUUGCCUGUAAUGCUGGAGCUGGUUCUGGAAUUCUGGUGCAGUAGUCUCUGAGAAUCCUAUUAGGGUUAGUUCGGGAAUAGUAUUAGUAUCGUAGUUAGGGACAAUAUAGUAAUUAGUUAGGGGCGAGUUUGUUAUAAAUAGAAGAAGUAGAGAGCCAGGGAAGGCAUUUAAAGGGAAUAGUUUAAGGUGAGAAACUUAGCAUGAUUCUAAGGAGAGAAUUGAUAUUGUAAUCUUUUUUUGAUAUUGCAAUAUAGUCGUCUUGUUACUUUUCUGUAAACGGGAUUCUAACAGAGUUCUAGCUCGAUCCUACGUUUGUGAGAUGCUUGCUUCUGGUGCUUCUAACAGAGUCCUAGUUCGGUCCUACGUUUGUGAGAUGGUUGCUUCUGGUGCUGACGGGGGCUUCAACAACUAUUGCAACUAAUCCACUUUGGGUAGUCAAGGUGGAUUAAGAGAGACUGGUGAGAAUUUCAAGUUCAUCUUCAUAAGAAAUCGAGGGGUGAUUGAGUUCUCCUCCGAACAGCAGAGCAGGAAUCACAUACUCGAUUGGACUGAGGGCGGAUGGGAUGAAGAAGCAGCUACUUCAAAAGAGCAAGUUUCAAACCGGAGGAGCAUAGUAACAAUUUUGAUCCUUAUUUGUAAAAUUUUAACACAACCAAAAUUCUUUAAUAUAAAGUUUACAAUUCAAGAUA